AUGGACAGCUCUCCCGCCUCGCCUUUGGCCCCCAGGGAUCCCAGCUCCCCUGAAUCUUCGAUCGGCGAACAAAUCGCCACUCUACAGGCCCAGCUUGCCGCUCUGCAGGCCUCGCAACCCGCCGCCGCCGCAGCCGCCGCACCCCCGGCCGUCACCGUCGUGCCGGGGAACGCCGCCACCGCAUCCAAGGUCGUGUUUCCCAAGCACGCUCGUCUGGACGGCCCCAAGUCGUUCACCAACUGGUUGCGUCAACUCCGUCUUGCACUCCCGAACCAGGUUCGUGGUUACGUUCUCGACGGUGUCGUUCCCCCGACCUGGACCGCCGACCAGCUUGCCGCACGUGACGACGCCGCCCGGGAAAUCAUCGUUGGCUCUAUCGACUCCGCCGACGUAUCGGCCACCCUCGACGCCAUCCCCAGCGACGACCUGUCGGCACCGCGCAUCUUUGCCGCUCUCAAGGCUCGUUUUGCACCGGACGACGCUACACGCACUCUCGAGUUGUUCGCUCGCCUUUGGGACUUCAGGAAGAUGCCUGCCUCCGUCGAGGCCUACGACACUUGGCUACGCGAGUACAUGUCGAUUGCUCAGGAAAUACGCGACGCCAAAACAUCGCUCAACGACGUGCUCGCCACCCACGUGCUCGCCAUGGUCCCGUCUUGCCUCGACAGCUUCCGACUCACGUUCACGGACGAGCAGCGAAACCGACGCGACCUUCCCGAACUCACGACGCUUACGGACCGCAUUCGCAUCCAGCUUCGUUCGGCAGGACUCUCGACCUCGCAUUCGGCCAUGCUUGCCACCAGCUCCCCCUGCCCCGCCUGCCGCGCUCCCGGUCACCGCCUGCGCGACUGCACUUCACGUGCGAAGCACCCGCCCACCGGCCCCUGCCGCCGAUGCCACAAGAAAGGUCACUGGGCACUCGACUGCAAGAACCGGGGUGAACAGGCACGUAGCAGCGACGACACCCAGGACGACACGUCUUCCUCCGCGGCCUCGCAACCGAACGUCGGCUAUUUCGCCUCCUGCCUCUUCGCUCGUCGCCAACUCCCAACUGACGCCUUUGUAGUCGAUUCGGGUGCCACGACACACAUGGUCGCCGACCGAUCUCUAUUCACGACUUAUCGUCAGACGGCACACACCAAGAUCGGCGGCAUCGCGGGCGGCAUCACGGCUAUCGGCAUGGGGGACGUGGCAUUCGUCGCCAAGACUGGACACCCGAUCACGCUCCGUGGUGUUCUUCACACGCCUGGCCUACACGUCAACCUCCUCUCUGUCUCUCGCCUCUGCGACACCGACCGCGUUCGUCUCGCCUUCACCAGCGACGGCAUCGACAUCGCCAAGGACGGCCGGGCCAUUGCUCACGGUACCAGGGUCAACGACGGUCUUUACCUUUUGGACGCGGAUCACACCAAGUGUCAGCAUCUUGCCUUCCUCUCACGCUCUGAGUCUCCCGUGCCCCUGCUUACCCUACACCGCUGCCUCGGCCAUCUUGCCCCAUCCUCUAUACAGAAGAUGAUUGCUGCAGGUUUGCUGGACGGGUUUGGGGCCGGGUACAGUGACAAAGACGUAGAGGAGUUUGUUUGCAAUGCUUGCCUUGGUUCCAAAGGUCACCGCCUUCCCUUUCCCGACUCUGAGUCGCAUUCCGCCGAGAGACUUGGCCUCGUGCACAGCGACGUCCUGUCGUUCCCCACUCCGUCCGACCAACGCUAAACGUUUCUAACGGGGGCGAUCGAAAACCGAUGUUUUCCCGACCUUGACUUGGCUCGCCGAAGUGGAGUUAGAGACGAACGCGCGGUUGAGGAUCCUUCGAACCGACAAUGGCGGGGAGUACCGAUCAAACGCAUUCACGGAGUUCUGCAAAUCCAAGGGCAUUCGUCGUCAAUACUCUAUCCCUUACACGCCUCAACAAAACGGUCGCGCCGAACGUGUCAACCUCUCCAUCGUCGAGGGCGUCCUCGCUCUCCUUGCGGACGCCCGUCUGCCGGCCACCUUUUGGGAUGAAGCGGCUGCGUAUUUCGUUUAUUGCAAAAACAGGUGCUCACACUCAGCUUUGGCCAAACAGACUCCAGAAUCCGUUUGGAACGGCCAACGCACCACCGCCACCGCCCUCCACCCGUUCGGCUGCACAGCCUGGCUCACGGUCGCCCCGGACCUUCGCAGCAAGCUCGACCCCAAGGCCGCGCGCGUGAUCUUCACAGGUUACGACCUCGCCUCCAAAGCUUUCCGUUUCUUUGACCAUUCCAUCAACAAGAUUGUACUUGGUCGCAAUGCCACCUUCCUCGACGACGACUUCCCCGGCCUGCCAGUCACCACGCCCGUCGAUGCAGACGACACCGACCGUCAGUUCGUCGUUCCCGCCGACACGCCCGCCCCUGCCGUCAAGACGAGGACCCCACUAGUAAGGUCGGCGCACAUGGACGUCUCAUCCUCCCUUGAUGAUUCUGCCAUGAGCGCCGUUGACGUGGCCCCAGGGUACACUGGCGGAACCUUACUUAAUUCCACAGAUACCGAAUCGUCCUCGUCACCGUCUCCUGAGCCGUCCUCGUCACCGUCGCCCACAAACCCUUUGUCACCGUCGCCUGCGCUGUCACCGUCGUUGGCAGCGUCAUCGUCACCCUCGGUCUCACCGACCGACUCUGACUACUCCGCCGACCCUCUGGACCUCAUCGGCUCACAGACCCCGACUCGCCUUGGCCCACCGGACGUGCACCGCCCAGACUUCAGCACGUACCGUGAGCCCGCAUCGGCUGAGGAGUCGCCCGACGAACUCGACAUCAUUGGGCGUCACUCGCGCGAUGAAUCGCCGGAUGAAAUCGAUUUCCUCACCCAACACCACCGCGCCUUCAUCGCCACAGACGACGACGACCCCACCCUCGACGCCAUCGAGCCCGUCAAAUCGAUCACUAGCGACCCCCAGACCUGGCGCGAAGCAAUGUCCAGCGACGAGCACAACAUCUGGGCUGAGGCCGCCGCCGCCGAGUUCACCGCCAUGCGCGACGACUUCAAGGUGUUCACCAUCGAGCCUCGCUCAUCUGUACCGCCGGGCGCCACCAUCGUCACCUCCAAAUUCGUCUGGAAGACCAAGCGCAACGCAAGCGGUGAAGUCACGGGGCGGAAGGCACGUCUUGUAGCGCAGGGUAACCGACAGCGCGACGGCAUCGACUUCUCAGAAACCUUCGCACCCGUCGCCCGUUUCUCCUCCAUUCGCUGCCUCCUGGCUCUUGCCGCUGCCAAUGGCUACCACGUUCAUCAGGCCGACAUCGACAAGGCUUACCUCCACGGCGAGCUCGAUCAUGAUAUCUGGAUGACGACACCACGCGGUUUCGACUUCCCGAGCGAUAAGGUUCUCCGGCUGCGACGCUCAAUCUACGGUCUCAAGCAGGCCGGUCGCAUCUGGAAUCGUCACAUUGACACAUCACUCAGGAAUCUGGGGUACAAGGCAACAGGCACUGAUCACUGCAUUUACUCUCGCAUUGACGAUCAGCAGCGGCCUCACUAUAUCGCCUUGUAUGUCGACGACCUCCUCAUUGUCAGUCCAGCCCUCGACGAGAUCGAACGUGUCAUCUCCGGCCUUGAACAGCGGUACGGCGUCAAACGACUCGGCCCCGCGGAGUACAUCCUCGGAAUCCAAAUACGCCGCCUGGACGACGGUUCCAUUGCUCUAUCCCAGGAGCGCUACAUCAUGGACGUGCUGGCCCGUUUCCACUUCGACACCACGACACGCGGCACUACGGUGCCGAUGACGCCCGGCCUCUCGCUCACGGCAAUUCCGGGUCAGGGAACGGAGCGCAUUCGUUCGUGGUACCUACAGGCCAUCGGCUCCCUCCUCUACAUCUCCCUUGGCACUCGACCCGACAUUGCCUUCGCCGUCUCGUACCUGUCCCGGUUCGCCAACAACCCCGGCCGCCGCCAUUGGAUUGCCGUCAAACACGUCCUUCGCUACCUUCGCGCCACGUACCGCGAUGAGCUUCUCUAUGCCCGCGGCCCAGCAAAAGUCACGGGUGUGGUUGGUUAUUCUGAUGCGAACUGGGGCGCCUGCGUCGACACAUCCAUUUCAACGAUGGGCUACGUAUUUUACUUGGCAGGCGCCGCUGUCUCUUGGUCGUCGAAGCGUCAGACUCGGGUAGCGGAUUCCACCACUGAUGCCGAGUACCUGGCCUUGUCGCACGCGGGUAAGGAAGCGAUCUACCUUAACCAACUCCUCUCCGAGCUCCACGUUUGCCCAAUCGCUGCAGCUCACAUCUUCACCGACAACGAGGCCGCGGCCGCCGUCGCUCACGACCCCGUUCGCACCUCCGGCACCCGGCACAUUCGCCUCCGCGAGCAUUUUGUCCGUGACAUGGUCAAUCGAGGUGAUAUCUCUCUCUCACACGUUGGCACAGCAGACAUGGUUGCGGACGUAUUCACCAAAGCGCUAGGCCCCAAGAUUUUUGGUACACAUUGCUAUGCUCUAGGCCUCCGGACGCGACAUCCACGGCUCAAGUCUACCUCGCGUUCGCGUGGGGGGGGUGUGAGGAAUCCACUCUCCGCUCGGCUCAGGACUUAGGCGCGCGGAGCGAACCGGGCGCGGACUUAGGCGCGCGGAGUGAGCCGGGCGCCCCGGCCCAGGACUUAGGCGCGCGAAGCGAGCCUGGGACUUAG